AUGGAGUACUCUCGCGGCGCCUGCUACUCUUGCGGUUCUACCGGCCACCAGGCUCGUGACUGCCCGACCAAGGGACCGGCUAAGUGCUACAACUGCGGUGGCGAGGGUCACAUGAGCCGUGAUUGCCCUGAGCCUCUCAAGGACAACAAGUCGUGCUACAAGUGCGGCCAGGCUGGCCACAUCUCCCGUGACUGCCCCCUUGCCGGCGGCAGCGGUCAGGCCACCGAGUGCUACAAGUGCGGUGAGAUGGGCCACAUUGCCCGUAACUGCACCAAGGCCGGCUUCGGCGGCUCCUACGGCGGCGGCGGUGCUGGCGGCUUCGGCGGCGGUGCUGGCAAGACCUGCUACUCGUGCGGCGGCUACGGCCACAUGUCCCGCGAGUGCGUCAACGGCAUGAAGUGCUACAACUGCGGCGAGUCUGGCCACUACUCUCGCGACUGCCCCAAGGAGUCGGCUGGUGGUGAGAAGAUCUGCUACAAGUGCCAGCAGGCCGGCCACGUCCAGGCCCAGUGCCCCAACAACUAA